AUGGUGGGUCAGAGGGCCCAGCACGACCCGGUCAGCCUCCUGCUGCUGAUACGCCUCUGCCUUCUGCACCUGAGGGCCUCAGGCCAGCCCCACCCGACUCCCGAGGCCCCUGCAGAGGAGGUGGUGUCUGUCCAGGGAGUGCGAGGUGGCUCCGUGGAGCUGGCCUGUGGCUCUGGGCCUGCCCCACUGCUGGUCCUCUGGAGCUUCACUCCGCUGGGCUCCCUGGUUCCCCGGCCUGUGGCCGUCACCGAUGGAGCCAUGUCCAAGGUGGAGGCCAUCGCCUCGGCUCUGGGAGUCGUGAGUCUGAGGAACGGCAGCCUAGUGCUGGGGGAACUUCGAGAGGGUGCCCGCGGCCACUUCCUAUGCCAGGUUCUGCAUGUGACUGGUGGCCAGCUCCACACUGCCUACUCCCACCUCACGCUGGCUGUGCUGGUGCCGGUGUCUAAGCCUCAAGUGCGGCUGAGUAACCCGUCCCCUGUGGAGGGAGCCUCCGUGGUGGCCACGUGUGCAGUGCGGGAGGGCACAGAGCCUGUGACCUUUGCCUGGCAGCAUCAGGCAUCCCAAGGUCUUGGAGAGGCCCUGGUGGGGGUCACUGAGCCACUAUUCCGACUGGACCCUGUCAACCGGACACACCUAGGCUGGUAUAUGUGCAGUGCUCGCAACUCCGUGAACAGGCUGAGCAGUGACGGGGCCUUCCUGGACGUCAUUUAUGGUCCUGACAAGCCUGUGAUCACCGUGGAGCCACUGGGACUCGCUGAGGAGGGCUUCUGGGCCAGUGAGAGGGAAGAGGUGACCCUGAGUUGCCUGGCUGCCUCCAACCCGCCUAGUCACUACGUGUGGCUCCGUGACCACACGCAAGUCCACACGGGACCCACCUACGUCAUCGCCAGAGCAGGCCGUGUCCACACGGGUCUAUACACCUGCCUGGCCCACAACAGCUACCUGGACUCCCGCACCCAGACUACUGUCCAGCUCACCAUCUACUAUCCCCCUGAGGGACAGCCCUCCUGUGCAGUGCAUCCCAGCCCCGGGGCUGUGACUCUGCUCUGCGCCUGGCCUGGAGGGCUUCCGCCUGCCCAGCUGCAGUGGGAAGGACCCCAGGGACCUGGCCCUACUGCCCCCAGCAACGUCACCUGGAGUCAUGCAGCCGCCCAGCUUUCCAGUGGCAGCGCCUUCACCUGCACUGGCCAGCACCCAGCCCUGGCACCGCCUGCCCUCUGCACAGUCACGCUCUGGGAGCCUCUCGGGAGGCCCACCUGCUGGAGCACAGCCACAGUGGGGCACCAGUUCAUCAUGCUGAGCUGUGAGUGGCCUGGCGGCGAGCCCCCCGCCACGCUGAGCUGGCUUGACGAACAGCAGCAGCCCCUGGGCGGUAGCAGCUCCUCUAUGGCCGUUCACCUCCUGCAGGCCCAGGAAGAUCUGGCUGGCAGAGAGUUCACCUGCCGGGGCACUCACCUGCUCAGGACCCCUGACCCCCACUGCCACCUCCAGCUGGAAGCCCCACAGCUGGACGUGGCUGAGCCCCGCGUGUCAGUGUUGGAGGGGGGAGAGGCCUGGCUGGAGUGCUCUCUCCGCGGGGGCACACCACCUGCCCAGCUCCUCUGGCUGGGGCCUCAACAACAGCAGGUGGACCAUGGUACUUCAGGAUUCACGCUGCACCCUGAGGGUGCCCAGCUACGCCUGGGCAUCUAUGAUGCUGACCCGGCACACCACAGGGGCACCUACCAAUGCGUGGCCCGCAACGCCGUGGGUAACAGCAGUCGGAGCGUGCUGCUGGAGGUCCUGAGAUAUCCAGCUCCUCCCAACGUCACCAUCAGCCGCCUGACCUACGGGAGGCACCGGAGAGAGGUGGAGCUUCAAUGGGCCAUCGCAGGCCCCGGGAACCUGACGGGCUUCCUGGUGCAGCGGAAGGCCAGUGCCCUGGGCCCAGGAGCUGGGGCGUGGGAGACGGCAGCUAGUGACAUCGAGCCGGAGAGCCGAGGCCGGCGGCUGGGAGGCUUGGACCCCGGGGUCCUUUAUGCCUUCCGCAUCCUGGCUCUGAAUCACCACACUGCAGGACAUCCCUCUGAGGUGAAGAUACCAGCGGACCCCCCCUUCAGUGCCUACCCAGCGGUGUUGGGUGCAGCAGGCACAGGAAUGGUGGUGGCAACGGUGGCCUCUCUACUGGUGUUCCAGUAUGCUGCCCGGCACCCAGAGACUUUCCCCUGCCUUGGUCAAUUGCUUGUUCCCAUGGAGCAAAGGCACCAACAGAGGGGCCCCAGAGAAGAUGCUGAGGUGCAGGCAGGCCUUGAAACACCAACCGCCACCCCAGGUUUGGAUCCUGCACAAGAAACCACGGAUGCUCCAGUGAAUGUCACCAUCACAGUGACUGCAACACCAUGAGGCCCAAAGAGGAAGAUGCAAAUAGGCUUAGGGAAGGCAGGCGGGAUUUGGGAAGAGCGCUUCUGUCAGACUUUGGUCGUAAAACCAAUGUAGCUAAGACACCAACUACCACUUUCACUUAACACCCAGUCUUUCCAACUGGUGCAAGGCCCUAAGUGACAUGGUUUACAAGAGAAGCCCUGGCCCAGCUUGUGGAAGACAGAGGUGGCAGGACGAGGAGGAGGACCCACAAUUGGGAGAGAAGGAUCACUGGGUAUCUGAGGGCAAGUGACAGCCAUGGUACUGGGAACCGUCUGUGGUGCUACACACAUAUGAGCAAGCUAGCUGCUUCCAGAAAAAAGUCUGGAUGGAACAAUUCCUAAAUAAAUCAGAGCUGAUGUUCAUGCCAA